GGACAAACUCCGGAGGAAGAACUCCCUCACCAUGAGCAGUGCUGUGCUGGUGACUCGCCUCCCAGACCCCAGCAGCAGCUUCCACGAGGAUGCCCCCCGGCCCCCGGUCCCCGGGGAAGAAGGGGAGACCCCGCCUUGCCAGCCCGGGGUAGGAAAGGGCCAGGUCACCAAACCCAUGCCUGUCUCCUCCAAUGCCAGGAGGAACGAGGAUGGGUUGGGGGAGCCCGAGGGACGGGCAUCCCCGGAUUCCCCUCUGACCAGGUGGACCAAGUCCUUGCACUCCUUGCUGGGCGAUCAAGAUGGUGCUUAUCUCUUCCGCACUUUCCUGGAGAGGGACAAAUGCGUGGAUACCUUAGACUUCUGGUUUGCCUGCAAUGGCUUCAGGCAGAUGAACCUGAAGGAUACCAAAACUUUACGAGUAGCCAAAGCGAUCUACAAGAGGUACAUUGAGAACAACAGCAUCGUCUCCAAGCAGCUGAAACCGGCCACCAAAACCUACAUAAGAGAUGGCAUCAAGAAGCAGCAGAUUGAUUCCAUCAUGUUUGACCAGGCGCAGACCGAGAUCCAGUCGGUGAUGGAGGAAAAUGCCUACCAGAUGUUUUUGACUUCUGAUAUAUACCUCGAAUAUGUGAGGAGUGGGGGAGAAAACACGGCUUACAUGAGUAACGGGGGACUGGGGAGCCUCAAGGUCGUGUGUGGCUAUCUCCCCACCUUGAACGAGGAAGAGGAGUGGGCCUGUGCUGACUUCAAGUGCAAACUGUCACCCACUGUGGUUGGCUUGUCCAGCAAAACCCUGAGGGCCACAGCGAACGUGCGGUCUGCCGAGGUUGCUGAGAAUGGAUACAGGUCAUUCAAGAGGAGCGAUCCCGUUAAUCCAUACCAUGUAGGCUCUGGCUUUGUCUUUGCGCCGGCUACCAGCGCCAACGAUAGUGAGAUAUCGAGCGACGCACUGACGGAUGACUCCAUGUCCAUGACGGACAGCAGCGUAGAUGGAAUCCCUCCUUACCGUGUGGGGAGUAAGAAACAGCUCCAGAGAGAAAUGCAUCGCAGUGUGAAGGCCAAUGGCCAAGUGUCUCUACCUCAUUUCCCGAGAACCCACCGCCUGCCCAAGGAGAUGACCCCCGUGGAGCCCGCCACCUUCGCGGCCGAGCUCAUCUCCAGGCUGGAGAAGCUGAAGCUGGAGCUGGAGAGCCGCCACAGCCUGGAGGAGCGUCUGCAGCAGAUCCGAGAGGAUGAAGAGGAGGCCUCCGAGCUUGCGCUGAGCUCCAGGGACGGGGGCCCCGCCCCGCACCCUCUCUCCCUCCUGCCCUCCGGCAGCUACGAGGAAGACCCGCAGACCAUUCUGGACGACCAUCUGUCCAGGGUCCUCAAGACCCCCGGCUGCCAGUCCCCGGGCGUGGGCCGCUAUAGCCCUCGCUCCCGCUCCCCCGACCGCCACCACCACCAUCAGCCGUACCACCCCCUGCUCCCGCCCGGGGGCAAGUUGCCCCCCGUGGCCGCCUCGCAGGCCACUUGCCCCCUCCUCGCAGCCAAGAGCUUCGUGACCAAGCAGACCACCAAGCAUGUCCACCACCACUACAUCCACCACCACGCCCUCCCCAAGACCAAGGAGGAGAUCGAGGCGGAGGCCGCCCAGAGGGUGCGCUGCUUCUGCCCCGGGGGCACGGAGUAUUACUGCUACUCCAAGUGCAGGAGUCACCCCAAGGCAGUGGAGCCCGCGCAGGCGGAGCAGUUUGGCAGCAGCAGAGGCAGUACCCUGCCCAAGCGCAGUGGGAGAAGCGUGGAGCCGGGCCUGGCCCCGCCCGCCAGGGAAGGAGGGGCGCCCGGCGGAGCGGGGGCCCUGCAGCUUCCAGGGGAGGAAGGAGACAGGUCGCAGGAUGUCUGGCAGUGGAUGCUGGAGAGUGAGCGGCAGAGCAAACCCAAGGCCCCUAGUGCCCAAAGCACAAAGAAGGCUUACCCGCUGGAGUCCGCCCGUGCGCCACUAGCCGAGCGAGCCGGCCGGCACCACCUGCUGGGGGGCAGCAACGGGCACCCCCGCGCCACCCCCCGAGCCCACCCGUUCACCCAGGACCCGGCGAUGCCUCCCCUGACCCCGCCCAACACGCUGGCGCAGCUGGAGGAGGCCUGCCGCCGGCUGGCUGAGGUGUCCAAGCCCCCCAAACAGCGGUGCUGUGCGGCCGGUCAGCAGAGGGACAGGAAUCACUCCGCCGGGGGUCAGGCGGGAGCCCCGCCCUUCUCCAGCCCCAGCCUGGCUUCCGAAGAUCACAAAGAGCCAAAGAAGCUGGCGGGGGUUCACGCGCUCCAGGCCAGCGAGUUGGUCGUUACAUACUUUUUCUGUGGAGAAGAAAUUCCAUACAGGAGGAUGCUGAAGGCUCAGAGCCUGACCCUGGGCCACUUUAAAGAGCAGCUCAGCAAAAAGGGAAAUUAUAGGUAUUACUUCAAAAAAGCAAGUGACGAGUUUGCCUGCGGAGCCGUGUUUGAGGAGAUCUGGGACGAUGAGGCGGUGCUCCCCAUGUACGAAGGCAGGAUCCUGGGGAAGGUGGAGAGGAUCGACUGAGCCUCGGUGGGGGUCAGGCCCUGGUGGGACUACGGGGCUGCCCGCC